AUAAAAUUAUGUGAAGAUCCCUUAACUUCAAAGGAAGGAAAGAGACAAAGAAGUAUAUUUGCCUAUUUAUCCAGCUCUCCAUCUCCUCCCUCUUUCUUUCUUUCUUCCUCUGCAAAUCUUACAUCUUGUAAAUUGGGGAAUUAGGCGUGGCCUGAAGGAUCAAGCAGGUUUUUUCCUCUGUUUUCGAUUAAUAGUUUAUUUGCUUUUAUGAAAAGCCAUCGUGUUUCAUUUUACCUUGGGCGAGCGGAUCUGCGCACUUCGAUCCAAUUAUUAAGCGGUUAUGGAUACAAGUACAUCCCUUGAAGCCUCACCUCCAUCUUCACCGUCCUCCUCCUCCUCCACCACCUCCUCCUCCUCACCCUACAAUGUGUUCUUGAGCUUUGGCGAAGACACGCGCAAAACCUUCACGGACCACCUCUACUGGACAAUGAAAGACGCCGGAAUUGACUUCUUUAUGGAGGAGAACGAGUCAAUAAGAAGAGGUGAAAAUAUAUCAGACAAAGUGAAGCAAAUAAUCGAAGAGUCUAAGGUUUCGGUCAUCGUCUUCUCAAGCAUGUAUGCGGAUUCCAUCUGGUGUCUUGAGGAGCUGGUGCAGAUCAUGGAGUGCAGAAGAACACUGAAGCAAAUGGUUCUGCCAAUAUUCUACGAUCUUAGUCCGUCAGAUGUAUUAGGUAGUUUUUUACUAGCAUUUCAGAAGCAUAUAGAGCGCUUCCAUGAAGAUACAGAUAUACAAGAAAAGCUACGGCGGUGGACAGAUGCUCUUACCGUAUCUGCAGGUUUGGCCGUCUGGACAGAUGCUCUUACUGCAGUUGCAGGUUUGACAGUCUGGACAGAUGCUCUUACUGCAGCCGCAGGUUUGCCAGCCCGGGUUUUCAGAACGACUAAUGGGUAUGAAGGAAUGUUUAUCAGGGUAAUUAUUGACGAGAUCGCUAAACUACUCCAAAGCCCGACUCCAAUUGAAAUAGCAUUUACGGACAGCGUUAAGUCUCCCCUUUCUACACCGCCGGGCAGGUUAGAUUCUCCCGAGCUCGCAUUAUCUCUCAUGUCCAGCGCUAAGUCUCCCCUUUCUACGCUGUCGGGCAAGUUAGAUUCUCCCGAGCUCGCAUUAUCUCUUAUGUCCAGCGCUAAGUCUCCCAUUUCUACGCCGCCGGGCAAGUUAGAUUCUCCCAAGCUCGCAUUAUCUCCUAUGUCCAGCACUAAGUCUCCCCUUUCUACUACGCCCAGGUCCCGGAGCUCGCAGUACCGGGGCGUCACGUUUUAUCGAAGGACAGGGAGAUGGGAAUCCCAUAUUUGGGAUUACGGGAAACAAGUGUACUUGGGAGCAUUUGACACUGCCCAUGCUGCUGCUAGGGCGUAUGAUCGAGCUGCGAUCAAGUUCCGCGGAAUUGAGGCUGAUAUUAAUUUCAGUGUCAGUGAUUAUGAGGAUGAUAUUAAGCAGAUGAGUAAUCUUACAAAGGAAGAGUUUGUGCAUAUCAUUCGUCGUCAGAGUAUUAGACCUCUGAGAGGAAUGAAGAACACAAGUAAUAGCAACUGUGAAGCUAAGAUAAGCAUCGAAGAGAGAGAGAGAGAAAGCGGGAAUGAGAGUAAUAUUGAUCAUGAGAGUGGUAUUGAUCAGCAGCGUGUUAUUGAUCGGAACAGUGAAAGGUUACGCCAAGGGACAAAGAAACAUUUACUUUCUAUAUUGUACCCUGGAUAGGUAAAGUAGUACCAUUGUCAAUUGUAAUCUUUUCAGAGCCUUCAAAUGGCAUAACCUCUGAUAACCCAGUCAUAUAGCUGUCAUAUGAUGAGAUGCCCCAGAGUCAACAAUCCAAGAGUUUGCAGGUAAUUUUUAGAGUUAGUCAGAAAAACUGGAUUUCCGGCAGGUCAAGGCGAUUUUCAAUGUCUUCCCAACCGAAUUGGGCUUCAUCCCAGGUAUGAAAGUUGUUCCCCUUGUUUUCUACAAGUCUGUAAAAUUUGGUAAUUUUUCGAGUUUGUCGGAAAAUUAGGUUUCCGUUCGUCGCAAAUCGCCAGCUACGACAGCACGUGGCCAGUGGGUUGAUGCUGCCUUUUUA